CAGUGCGGUACCAAGCGCAGCGCGGUAGGGACGUUUUCUACGCUUCUUUCUAUUGAUUUCCUGAACACCGCGUUAUUGUGAUGUUUUUUAAACAAAAACAUGAUUAAUAGUGCAUACACUAAUUACACUAAUUAGGUCUAGAUUCAGUCGUGUUUCAGUUGUUUCUUAUUUUAAUGAGUUGUGCGUGAUUUUGAGCGACUCUUUUGGAUUAUUUUUCGGACAUCAAUUGAGCCUCAAACAAUGUCAUCUAAAAUCACGAACAGAAACAACAUUUAAAUACGAACGAACGAACGACCAAACAUACUAUUAAUACUGUGUUCAUUGUUUAAAACCAUGAACGCGCCCUAAGAGAAAGAGACGGAGCUGGUUCUCAAAAUAGCACGUUCAGAAAUAGAAAAAAAAUGGCCUCAGUUGGUGGCGGGACGGCGGCGGGCACGGAUCGCUCGUGGUGGACGACAACAUGGAGCGCCAUGGCUGACCUUGCCGAGGCGGUCGACGAUCUGAUAUGCAGCUUCGAUUAUAUGGACACAGCCAUGGAUAACCUAGUCAUGCUUAUCUUCAUCUGGCUACUCUUCUCCAUAGUCCUUCUCGGCAUAGCCAAAUGGGCUUACAGCCGCUACAAGCCGAAGGCUGUUGAACCAGAAAAGCCGAAAGAAGAACCUAAAUCGGCUAAAUCUACGGCUACUGAGAUCGUUAACAGCGCUGAUACGGUGUUGGCUACUACUGCUAAAGUUAAAAGUGCUGCGUUUAACUCGUUCAAGCCUAAGCCUAGUGGGUUUGUGCCAGCAACCCCUCCCAACAAGCGUCGUCUAGGACGCAUGUCCCCUGGCCCCGAGGCUCUCCACAAGAAGCACCAAAGCAUCAUAGUACCGACGUGCACGGGCCCGGACCCGCCGAGCGUGCAGUGGGUGAACGACUUAUUGACGUGGUUAUAUAAUGAUCUGGUUAUUGUGAACGAACUAGUGCAGCAAUGGAUUGUGUCCAUGAACGAGUUCUCGAAGAAGUCCGUGGAGGAGCAAGGCAUCGGAGUGGAGCUGGUGCGCGCGCUGGACAGCAACCCGCCCAGCGUGUCCAACGUGUUCUGCGAGUGCGACUCCAAAGACGACGUGACCAUCACGUGUGACUGUGAGGCAACGCCUGCCUUCCAGCUCAAAGCCUUCAGUCAGCGAGGGGAAAAGGUGGAAGUGUCACACUACAGAGUUAAUGUCAACAGGUUCCGUGCUCGCCUCAACGUAAUCUGCAUAACUGAGAAGUUGACGGGAGAGCUACGAUGCGACGGUUGGCCAGAGGUCAAAGUGGCGCUGGCCCCCGUGGGACCACUGAAGACGUCCUCCAACGAGGCCAACCUACAACAACUAGUCAGUGACAUCGUGGUGAAUGCGCUCCGAAGCACGCAACUAGCGUUUAAUUUGUCGCACUAUCCCACGUGUCCGAGGCUGCGAAGACACUUUGACCCGUCGCCGCGGCUGCCCCUCCACUAUGAUUCCAUGUUGUCACACGACCGUAUGUACGCGUCGACGCCGACGUCGGCGUCCAUGUCCAACGUGCAUCUCGGCGAGAAGAGGCUGCUCGUCAAGGUCGUCGGCGCUAAGGACUUGGGAGGCAAGACGGGCUGCAGCGCGCCAUACUGCGUGGUUGAGAUGGAUGAGCCCCCGCAGAAGAACCAGACCGCCUUUAAGAAGGACACCAAACAUCCGCAGUGGGAGGAACAUUUCCUAUUCGAUCUCUCGCCACAAACCGCGGAGCUGUUAUUCGAGGUGUACGAUCGCACGGGCCCACCUUCCCCGGGCGGAGGCCCCUCCACACAUAGGUUCCUUGGACUGGGUCUGGUGGGUAUAGAUGAGCUGCUGGCGGCACCUUCGCAGCGGCAACAGAUAGCACUUCAGACUCGCCCUAUGGAAGAGCACGAUAUUUCAGGCACACUCACUGUAGAGUUCCUAUUCAUAGAGGGUGCCGACAUCCCAGACUUAGGCUCUCGGCCAGUCAAGAUUAAGGAGUCGCUACGCACGCUCUCACCCCAAGGCCACCUUACCACAACCACCAAGACGAUAUUUAAGCAGAACGGACACGAAAACUCGGCAUUAACGGAGUCGGCGCUCCGAGAACUGGAGUUGAGCCCCACCAACGCCGCCAACAAGUCCACCCUCAUCAUACACUCCGUACAAAGGGAGCCAAAGAAGUCAAUCAAGGUCGAACUAACCGACUCCGGUAAAUUCAUCGAAGUGGAGCGUGAAGACACGCUAAACAGCGUGGACUCGGCAGACCUCACCAGCACCACGAUGGAGAGCAUAGACGAGAACAGAACGGAACAGCAUGUGUCGCCGAAUUCGUCGCCGGCGCGGCAAGUUCGCAUCAAGGAGAAUGGUGCUAAGGCGAACGGAGAUACGGAGCAAGGAGACUACGUGCAGAAACCCGAGGAAGCAUCACCAGAGCCUGCGCCGCGGCAGAAGAGGAGGAGAGACUUCUUCGGUACCAUUAAAAGAAGGCUGGGCCGGUCGCGCACGCGCGGCACGUCGCUGGACUUGCCGAGUGACAGCGACGUCGACCAGAGUCGCGUCCGCAGCAUCAGCGCCGAGAGAAACCACCAAGAUAAAGCCCUAUCCGUCCCCAAUAGAAACGUAUAUUCAGCGGGCGCGUCACCAGCGCAAUCUGGCGACGAGUCGAGGACAUCUAGAAGAUCCUCCCUCAGUGAGGUGUCCGGGUUCAGCACGGCGUCGGCGCGCACGUUCGUGCAUGAGGCGUCCACGUUGGUGCUAGAAACUCUGGAGGCGGGCAUCAGGAAGCACUACCUGGUUCCGCUGGCCGUGGCCCAGCGGUCGAGGUGGCGGCGGAAGGGCGUGAAGCUGCACAUUUACAACGAGCACACGUUCAUCGCUAAGCAUUUGAGCGGCGGCUCGGUGUGCGAGAUCUGCCAGAAGACGAUCGCGCGGCGGCUCGGCAAGCAGGGCUACGAGUGCCGCGACUGCGCGCUCAAGUGCCACAAGCACUGCCACAUUAAGGCAGCCACCGCCUGCCCUUCGUCCUCCGUGCAAAAUAUGGAGCUGUCCCAUUCCCAUAGCUUUGGAAACGGAAGAUCCAUGCUCCCAGUGCUAAACGAAUAGCGAGCCGCGAGAAGACUGCAAGCAAAGAAACUUUUAUAAACCAAGCAAUUUCCACUAAGGGCUUACAUCUCAUCUCCGUACACCGACAAGAAUAUAAGGAUGUUGUGAUUUUUCAGACUAUAUUAAAACGCUUCGAUGCACAAAGCAUUAAGUUUUACCAACUAACAUUUUAAACUGUCGGUUUUAAACUUGUCGACGGAAAAAUAUCUACUUACUAACCUGUGUACCUAUUUUAUCAUGGUUAUUAGAAAGAUAAAUAAUAUAGAAUAUAUCUCGUAUUUACUCAUUAAAUAUAUCCUUUUUGUUAGCACACAAUAGGUUACGUUCAAAUAAGGGCUAAUGUGACAUUUCAAAACAUUUUAUUAUAACUUAUAAAAUAUGAUUUGUACUUAAGUUAUACUCGUAAGUUCCAAACUGUACUGAAAUUACAAAUGUCUUGAUUAGGUAAAUCUGGCGAGAACAGAACAAGGUGAAAUUAUUGAAAAUAAUAAGAAGUUAUUAUGAAGUUACGCUGAUUAAAAAAAAAAUUGUACGGUAGGUACAUUCAUGUCGACAAGUUUAAGACGGAUUUUAAAACCACAAAUCUCUCUAAGUACAACACUUAUGUACGCUUCUGUACUUUGUAUAUAUAUAGGCUUUUUUACAAAUAUAUUUACAAUAUUAAUGUUAUAAACUAGUUUAUAAGGUAUUAGUGGUUCAGACUGCCUGGAAGGGUAACGUUCACAAUAAACUGUGUCAUAGCGAAACCAACCUUGAUUAAUGGAUAUAAGUGUUAAAAUCUUUUGAACGUUAUCCAUUGAUAUUGAUACCCGCUUUCUUUGGUAAAAUUAGAAUUAGUUUAGGUAUCGCUAGAGCCCACCCAGCAUUGAAAAUAAUCUAGAAACCACUUAACUAAGACGGUCGGUGAGGUUACUCAGUACAGUUUGGUAACCAAUUCUAGAUACUUAAAUAUUAAUUUUUUACCUGCUUAACGAGUAUUAUAAAAACCAGUUGCACGAAGCCAGAUAUCAACCGUCUCAGCUAAGCGGUAGACCUAUACCCAUAUGGCUGGGUGCAUGCACACUUUUAUCUUAUUAUUAUAACAGUCAUGUGAGACCUCUAAAUGUUCUUAGUGUGUGCUCUACUGAUGAAAAAAAAUGUGAAAAUACUAUAUUCUAAGAUUUUUUAAAGGUGAUGCGUAGAGGUCGACUUUUUUUGAAUUUAUUUUUAGAAUUUUGUAUUGACUGAACUUUAAAGGUUUACUUAUGUCGCCAGUUUCACCUAGUGACAUUACUAAAUUAUUGAGAAUUCAUUAAGUUUGCCUUAUAGAAAAAUCUAAUAAAAAAUAUCACCAGUUGGUCUGGACGAACCUCACCUUAUGAAAAGCAAAUGCACCCAGCCAAGGACCCAUUUAAAAAGCCAGCCAAAUUAUAUAACAGAGAUGUUUCUAUUUAUCUCUACCUCAAACCUAAAAAAACAAUUUAGUUACCAAAAUAUACAUCACAUUUUUGUUAAUUUAUGUUGUUAUCUAACUUAAAUAAGGUCCUACGGAGGAAUUGUGACAAAUGGUAAAUUAAACCUUAAACUUAGUAUACUAAGUGCUAUUUUGCACAAAUUGUGAUCUGAUAUGUUAAAGUGCAAUAAUUAAUACUUAAAACAUUCACUCUUGCUUCGCUUUCAUCGUUACUUAACUACAAAGAAAUCCAAAAAGUAACUUAAGUAGGUACUUUUUGUUAAGUAUCGAUAAAUACAUAUAUAUGUUUAAAAUAUUCCACUUUAACUCGAAUAAUGUAAUUAAAAAGGCCUUUGAAAAGCUAACCAUGUCAAAGGCACGUACAAAUUUAGAAAGAACUGUGAAGCCUUUAAACGCUAUUCGUUUUAUACAAAACUCACUCAUACGCCAAUAUCAUGGGUGCAUGCGAGCUAAUAUGAACCUUAUGUAAAAGCAUUAAGGUUAUAUUGACAGCGUUCGACACAAGUGUUCAGUGCGAUGUAAGCACGAUUACUCACGAAAAGGUGUUUUUGCUGUCCAAAGCAUUAAAAAAAACUAAAAUCGGAGCUAAAUAUUUUAUGAAGAACCUUUGACAUGGUUCAAGUAGCUUAGACCUUCAGAAUCUCAAUUCUCAAAUGACCUAGUACUCCUGAAUAAUAAGGAGAUACGAGUAGCUUGAUAUUUUCACAAGUGAUUUACCACUGUGUGAUAUUCCUUUUAAUGCACAUAAUGAAGUAUGUGAAGAAUUUCUUCAUUGUCUUUCGGAGAACCAAGACCCAAUCGCGUAAGAAAGUUUGCUGUAAAAUAAAGUAAUUGAAGGUAAACACGAGAUCUAAUGGGUCAAUUAAACUAACAUCUUAUUAUCUAUCCUCCUCCUAUUAAGGUUAUCUUGAUAUAACCUGAGGAUAGCUCAAGAUACCACCAUUUAUUCACUAUUGCGGCCUCAUUAUUGCUAAGACUAAGUUUUUCGCUGGAUACUGCAUUCUGAUCCCACUUCUGAAUUUUCCGCCAUUUUGUAAAUUUAGCGUGCAUAUAACUUUUUUUUUCAAUAUUUAAAAAAUUGUAGUAUCCAGUGAAUUGGCUUUGUAUAAAAUAAAUAUACACUGACAUUGUAAAUUUCAAUAAUUGUUGACGCAUAAUAUGUGGUUAUGACCGAUAGAUAUUAUUUAUAAAUGUUGCGCAAUGUGUUUUUCUGUAAUUUUAUUUUCUCUUUUUUUAAUAAAAGAAAUGCCUUUUUUAA